AUGCCUUCCAAACAGAACAAUGUUCCAAAUUUGGAUCUCACAGCGGCCAAGUCGAACAAGGACCAGAGGAACUCAGCAUCGCAGAACGCUGAUGGUUUAAAACCAGAGGCAUCGCUCAGUCCCCUCUCUCCCCGAUCUCCCAAAUCCUCGCCGUCGUCCCCGCUGUCUAUCACCAAGGGCUCGACCAUCCGCUCCGUAGGGAGAAGCUCAACAACCGAAGCUACCAUGACCACCCCGUUAUCUCCCAGCCAAACCCCAGAACCUGCGACUCCCGGCUUGACUGCAAUGCCCCAAUACCCGCCUUCACCAAAGGACACCAAGCAUAGCCGUGAUGCGUCCCGGUCGUUCUUUUCCAACCUGAAAGCCUCCCGAUCCUCCCACAAAAUUAGCAGCUCGGAUAGCUCUGGCUUCUCAGCAGAUAACCGACCCAAGAGUCGCACCAGCUCUCGCGAUCGUGAACGGCCGCGUCUGACGUUGCCGAAAAACGGUUCGACGCCAGACCUUUUGGAGUCGGCCAGUCGAGCGGGAAAAGAGGACACUUCAGAUGAUCAGAGCUGCUCGGCUAUAGAUGAUGGUCGUAAUGGGACCGAGCCUAUUCAAGGGCCGCCGAUGAAGAAAGGAAAACAGAGGUUUGCUAACCUGUUGUCUCGAACGCGCUCCGUCCGGGUGGAUGAUGGUUCUGCUCCCAGAAGCGCAGGGCUCCGUCGACCGUCCACUACAACGCUUCUUAAGGUGACCGAAACCAGGGAAGAGGUGACCGAGCUUCCCAGGUCAAUAACCCCUUUGCGCCAAGACAGGAGCUUCACCGACGUGACGGAAUCGACAUCUCACCAUCGUGUACCGACAGAGGUUCGUCCGCAAACCAGCCGACGAGAUAGAGGACACCCGGCAAUGGUCAGCUCGGCGUCUUUGAGCCAAGUGUCCGGGGCGUCUGCCGCGCUAUUCAGCAACUUGAAGCAUACUUCAAGUGGAGCCGCGGACCGGCUGGGCAAAGCCAGCAAGGGAUUCCUCGGGAAGAUCACCAGGAGCGGAAGCACCAAUGAGCGCGAAAUUCAUCUAGACGACAACUACGUAUGCUCCGUGAUCAACCUCCCUCUGAUCGAGCAGACUCGAAAGACGCGGAUAUCGAAGCGGCUGGAAGACUGCAAGGACAAGACCGAAUUUUGGAUGCCCGCGCUACCCUACCGCUGCAUUGACUACCUGAAUUACAAGGGAUGCGAGGAAGAAGGUCUGUACCGAGUUCCUGGUAGCGGCAAAGAAGUCAAAUACUGGCAGCGCCGAUUUGACUCGGAAGGAGACAUCAGCCUAUUCGACGAGCCGGAAUUAUACGACAUCAACACGAUCGGCUCCAUGUUCAAGGCCUGGCUCCGAGAGCUACCGGACGAGAUCUUCCCCAAAGCAACACAGCAGAUGAUUGCCCAACAGUGCGAGGGGGCCACGACAGCGCCGCAACUGUUGAAGGACGAAUUGUCCAAACUACCGCCUUACAAUUAUUACCUCCUCUUUGCGAUCACUUGUCAUUUGAAUCUCCUCCACUCCUACGUCGACCAGAACAAAAUGGACUACCGCAACCUGUGCAUCUGCUUUCAGCCGAGCAUGAAAAUCGAUGGAUUUUGCUUCCAGUUCCUCGUCUGCGACUGGAAGAAUUGCUGGCAGGGCUGCUGGACAGAAAAGGAAUGGGUCAAGCAGGAGAAGGAAUUACUACUCGCUAAGGCUGCAAGCAGUACGCAAGCUAGUAGCAACAGCACGAACGGAACUAAACGCUUUUCUCAACGCCCACUGCAAUUACCGAGUUUUGUAGGUGCCGAGGACGACGACGGGCGGGCCAUUUCGUCGUCUGGAAGCAGCCAGGCGGAACAACAAUCGACAGACAGCAAAUCUCAGUCGCAGUCGCAGUCGCAGUGGCAAUCUCAGUCUCAAUCCCCUUCUCCAUCCCAGUCUUCAUCUCAAUCUCAAUCCACAACACCCACCCUCAAACACCGACCCCCCAGACUCGACAGCCGGUCGAAACACGAGCGCAGCGUGUCGCAAUUACCGGAGUUGGGACCUCCCUUGUCACCAAUCAAAAUCUGA